CUGCAGCGUGGAGGCCCGGAAGGCAGAUUGCACAGCUGCCCAACGGCCCGAGCGCCCGCUGAUCCCAGGUUGAAAAAAAGGGCGCAAUCUGCCGGUCCUAGGGAGUCAAUAACCUUGAGGCCAAGCUGCACGCGCGCGCGCUCGAGAGCGUGCAGGGAGGAGGUGGAGCACUGCAGGAUGCUGCCAAAUGGUUCCCAUUGAGAUGCGAGGAAGACAGAGCCCAGGAACCGCACUUGGGGCUUCCUCCUGCAGAACACUAGGUGUUUCAGAAAAGCCUAAGCAUUUUGUUACAUUUAACUAAACGAUCCUUGUCAGUUAUGGCUAGCAUCAUUGCACGUGUGGGUAAUAGCCGAUGUCAGAACACACCUUUACCGUCUUGGGUCCAUUCCAUGCUGAUGUCCCUGGGGAGGAGCCUUGGUCCUUUAAUGGCCAAUUUGUUGGAGGGAAAUUUGAAGUUGUUCUCAGGGAGGGUGAUGCCAGCUCAGGGGGAAGAAACCUUUGAAAACUGGCUGAUCCAAGUCAAUGGGGUCAUGCCAGAUUGGACUACCUCUGACAAGGAAAAGCUCAAGCGCUUGAGGAAAACCCUAAGGGGUCCUGCCCGGGAGGUCAUGCGCUUGCUCCUGGCAGCCAACCCCAACCUAACUGUUGAUUUCCUGCAGGCCAUGAAACUGAUGUUUGGGGAGUCUGUGAGCCGUGUGACUGCCCAUGGUAAAUUUCUGAAAACCUCACAGACGCAAGGGGAGAAAACAUCCCUAUAUGUGAUCCGUUUAGAAAUGCAGCUCCAGAAUGCUAUUCAGGCAGGGGUCAUAGUUGAGAAAGACGCUAACCAGACUCACUUGCACCAACUCCUCCAAGGGGCUGGGCUGGACACAACCCUGAGACAGAGGCUUCAAGGUUUUCUCAGGAUGUAUGCAAAUGAGCAGGAGAGUCUUCCCAUUUUCCUGGAGCUAAUCAGGAUGCUCAGGGCAGAAGAGGAUGGGGAGGACACGUUUGCUAACCAUAAGCAGCCCAGAAGAGCUGAGGCAAUCCUAGAAAGGGCAGUCAGGACUGUGGCAUUUCAGGGCCCUCAGCAAUUGACAGUGCUAACUGUGAAGCGAAAGAGAUAAAAGAUUCCCCUCCAUGACUCAGAUGAGGAUGUGAUCCUGGUAGAGGCUCAGGACCUUCUACUUUCAUCCACGGGUGCUCCUCCCUCCAGCUACAGGGCCAGACCUCAGGAUUGGGUGCUGGCCAAUGACUCCCCCAACAAUUCCUGGGUCCCAUCUCCUACCAGUGGUGGUUCUGGGAAUAUGAAUGAUGGCCCUAGGGAUAAACGUAGAGCCAGGAAGAGGAAAUACACAACCUACUGUUCAUAUUGUAGCAAGCAUGGUCACUCAAAAGAAACUUGUGUUCAUGAGCGCAAUAAGGCCCAGGUGUUUGAGAAUCUGAUCAUCACCCUGCAGGAGGUACACCCAGAGGUGAAGCUGUCUAAAGAGGCUCCUGCAGAACACAUUCUCCCCUCUGAGCCUAAAUGAACCUUUCAUGGUUUUCAGAGUCCAGUGGUACUGUGGGUGGGGUGAGUGUGAAAUAAACCACAAAGUCUUUUUAUUUGGGAGCAAAGGAGAACAAAUCUUAGAUACCAUCACAGUAGAGAAGGAUGGCCUAUCCAAUGUCCCUGCCCACUCCUCUGCCUGCCUAACAGUCUGCUCUCCGAGUGUGUUUAUUUUCUUGUUGACUUUACUCUCUUGAUAGAAGUAUAACUCCUUGUUAACCCUUCAAAAAAUAAAAUACAGAAACUGAAGUACAAAUUACCUCAAAAUCUCCACCCACUGAUGUUCUUCCUCCAAGAUAUUUACUUGUGUAUCCUGAUAAAUAUAUGUAUACAUAAAUGUGAUCCAUUACAAGAGGCAUUAUUUUAAUACUCUUUCUUUAAACCAA